UUUGAUACGAGAGUGUGGGACUGCCACAGUGGGAGAGGGCGUCAGGGGAGGCGUUGACUGUGUGGGAGGCGAACCUGUGGGCCGCUCCAUCACUACUCUCUCCUGACACCAACCACCUGUAUUGGUAACAUAGAGCUGUUGCACCAUGGCGAAGCAGAGCUGUUUAAUUGUGCUAUCAGCGUCUCCCUUAGGUGUCUCGGCUCCUUCGUUUCUUCAGUGCUAUAAGUUAACACAAUCAGCUUUUAACAUAGAAAUUGCAACACCAGAGGCAGCUGCUGCAGUUUUUAUUGAUAAGGAUGACCAGAGCAGUCGAUGGUUAAAUGAUAUUGCAGCUAAAAACCUGUUGGAACCUCAUUCACUUAGCGAUAUACAAGGGAGUCAGUACUCAUGUGUGGUGAUACCCCAUAGUCCUGGAGCAAGUGAAGACCUAGCAUCAUGUGAAGCACUGGGGAACAUCCUCAUGCAAUGUUUGACUGAGAAAAAGCCUGUAUGUGCUAUUGGCCUUGGUGUGUGUGCAUUAUUAUCAGCAGUAAAGGGAGAUCCUCAGCAGUGGGCAUUCAGAGAUAUUGCACUAACAGGGUCAUCCCUAGCAGAAGUUACAGCAACAACUUACUUUGCCUCAUUACCACUGAUUCCUGGAGAUGCCAUUCUUGACCGGGCCGGAAUAUUCUCGACGGGCGCUCCGACUAGUAUUCACAUUGUAGUUAAUGCUGGGGUUGUUACAGGACAGAACCCUCAGUCUACACUCUCUGCUGUACAGAAUAUGAUUCUAUUGGCAAAUCAGAGACAAAGCAAAGGAAAGUGAUCUUCGGUACUUCUGAUGUUGCUCCUACAAGUGACUUUUAUUUUUUACAAAGAAUUCCACUUGUCAACAAACUAAUGGUUGCAACCUGUAAUGAAGACUGGCUUAAAUCUAGACACAUGAAAGGUUUGAAAUUUUAUUGAGUAAAAAGGUAAAGGCUACACAUUGUCUAAUUAUAAAAAUAAUAAUAAUUGUACUUUACAGGACUUUCCUCAGUGUAUAUGGCAUUAUAAAGUAUAAGGCCUCAGCUUGAUAUUUGUUAUGUAAAAUAUUGGUAAAACUUCCAUUGAUAUGUAGUAAAGUUUUUAAUCAUAAAUGCAGUACUUACAGUUAACAGUUCAAAUGCCAAAUUUUAAGAAACCUUUAAAAUAUCCCAGCUCAUCCUCAUGUUUAGAUAGUACAGUACUUAUAAUAAUGAUGUGGACCAUCGUACAUAUAUUGAUGCGGAAAAUCCACAGAGAAAUGGGAGAGAGAGAGAUGAACGCUUCGGCCGAUCUGGGCCUUUGUCAACACCGGACUUUUUGUCAGUCCGGUGUUGACAAAGGCCCAGAUCAGCCGAAAUGUUCAUCUCUCUUUUCCAUUUCUCUGUGGAAUAUCCGCAUACAAAUGAUCACUGUUUCGUGAUCGUUAAUAACAUAUAUUGAUGUAAUUGACAAUUAGAAAGUAGAAUUUGGUGCUAUUGAAUUUGAACCAACUGAAAAAGGUUUUGUAUUUGUUGCUAUGUAAUAAAACUUAACCAUCACUGAUAGCCAAAUACAGACUAUCUGAGAACUAAUAUAGUACAUAUAUAUAGUGGUACAGUACCUCAGCUUACGAAUUUAAUCCGUUCCCAGAGACGGUUCGUAACCCGAAAAUUCGUAAACCGAAGCGAAUUUUCCCAUAAGAAAUAAUGUAAAU